CCCUCCCGAGGCCGCGGCCCGCCCUCGCAGCGCCGUUUCCAGCCGGCGGCGUUUGGCCGGUGCACGGCGGCGGCGCGAGGCGGGAGAUCUGCAAGGCGGCGGGAGCGGCUCCGGGCGCCGCUAUGUCAGUUAAGAGAGCACUAAAGUUGGACACUGUUAAAAAAGAUAAUCUAUCUGAAGCAACACCCUUGAAGACCAAAAAGAAAAAUCUGAAUUCUUACUCACCGACAACAGGAACAUGCCAAAUGAGUCCAUUUUCAUCUCCCACAAGUCAUAAUGUACAAAAUCUCAGAAAUGGCCUAUCAAAUGGAGAUGGAACUGAGCAGAAUGAUUCAGAAAUCAGAUUAUCCAGAAGAGGGCAGCCUCAAACAGAGGAGAAGGAUGCGUUCAUGGAAUUGCAGUCCAAAGUUAAAAAUUCAUUGGAUAGAAUUCUGAAAAUAAGAGACAAUCUGAGAAGCCUAAAGGCUUUAGAGGGCAGUAGAGAGCUUGAAAAUAUUAUUGGUGUCUCAGACUCGUCUUGCAUCUUGAGUGCUGAAAUGCAGAAAACCCAAGUGCUAAUGAGUCGUGCAGAAGAACUACAGCUGUUGAAAAGAAACCAUGGAAAACUUCCUGCCCGAGAGUAUGUUCAGACUGCAAGCAGCUCUGCGUUCCUUAAGUUGCUCCUUGACUGAGGCAUCAUGUGAAAAAUGCAUCCCACAUCAACCCAAAGUUCUACAUCUGCUUGAUUGUACUUAAAAGGAGAGAAGAAAUGACUGUAAACCUAUCUCCCCAGCAAAUACCAGUUAGGGAUUGCUCAUUGCACUAGGCAGGUGCACAUCUAGAUAAAAUUUCUGGCAUCUAUUUAAACUUAACAAUGUGCACAACCAGAUAAUCUCAAUGUAAAUAAUACAUUUCUUCAUGGUUGCUUUAUCCAAGUGUGGUACUAAAUGCUGAUUUAGAUUUACUGCUGCAUGAAAUGUGAACUUUUUUUUUUCCUCGUAUACUCUUACUGCAAAUAUAUAAUACUUGUAUGCUGCGUCAGUUUAAAAAAAAAAUGCAAUAGCUCUCCUCCCCUCCAAGAAUUGUGUAGGAAGAAACUAUGUCAAAAGAUGAACAUUGGUUCCCAGGCCUUCAGCAAGAGAUGUAAGAUUUCACAGGAGUAAUGCGUUCUAGGAAAUGGUUGCUGGCCAGGAUUAGUGGGGUGAGGGGAGAUGAUGACAACCUCAUUUAAUCAAUUCAUCAUUCUACCCAAAAGCUAGCAAAACAUGAUUUAAAAUAAAAUACAUCCAGUUCUGCAGCAUACGCUUUAAAAAGAUUACAAUAUUUGACAGAUGACUCUUGCAACUUUUUUUUUUUAAAUGAUUGUGAUCAAAAGAUGAAGCUGUAUCGUGAGGAAUUAUUCUGAUUACUGAACACAAUUUGUUUAUAAACAGGCAAUUUAACUGUCUUUGGCUACUACAGGUGGGGACAUUUGUAAUCUAUGAAAAUGUUUCCACUAAAAUCAAACCGAGCCACAUACAAAGGUAUUGGAUUCAAGUCACAGUGUUUAAACACAUGGAUUUAAUAACAUUUGCUAUUUAAGUCAGUGUUUCAGUUUAGUUUUGAUACUUAAUAAUAGAAGGGAAGAAUUGUUACAAAAUGGUUUUUUGUCUCUUAGUUUUUCAUUAUCCUCAAAACCCAACUGGAGAUCAUGUUUCCCAAAUUGCUCAGUUAGGUACAGCCUCUCUCAUGUUAAAAGACUUCAGGUACAGAGAUUUCUUUUACGAUUUAGAGUGACGUGCAAUAUGAACACAAAAUUGAACACCCUUCUUUCUUGCUAGUGCUACAAACUUGUUAACUAAAUAAACUGAUCUUUUUACAACUAAUGUUCUGAGAAUCAAAAUGAUAAAUGUCUUCAAGGGUGUGGUUAAACAUGUAUGUACUCAAGUUUUGAGACUUUUUAUUAAUAAAAGCAUUUCUCCACUUCAA